AUGAACAGGCAUCACGCCUUUACCAAUGGCUACGCCGCCAACAAGAAACGAGAUGACGAUAUCUACCGCCCCUACACGGACCGCUCCGACCUCGAGAGCAAGUAUAUUUGGGGCAUGCCCGAUCUAGUCGAGGAUGAGAAAGUGGAUUCUUCCUUCAAUCGAAAGUUCGAGCCGCGAAAACGAGCCCUCCAUACCCGGUCUCGCAACAUCCGGCUGGGCUUGGGCAUCCUGGGGAUAUGCUGCUUAGCAUUCUACCUCUUCUUUCCCUCCAACUCCACCUUGUCUCUGCUAUCGAGUGGUUCGGCCACGUUGCCUCUCUACGACGAUAUCGAGACAUUGCGGUACUAUGACCUCGAGGAUGUACAGGGCACCUCGGUUGGUUGGGAGAGGGAAGAACGAGUGCUGUUAUGCACACCCCUGCGGGAUGCAGCACCGCAUUUGCCCAUGUUCUUCGCCCAUUUAAGAAACUUCACAUACCCUCAUCAUCUCAUCGACCUGGCUUUUCUUGUUUCCGAUUCCAAGGACAACACUGAAGAGUUGCUCUCUCAAAUGCUCGAAACACAACAAGCCGACCCCGAUCCCUCACAGCCGUACGGAGAGAUUUCGGUCAUACACAAGGAUUUUGGACAGGCAGUCGGUCAAGAUGUAGAAAGCAGACACGGUUUUGCGGCCCAAGCCAGCCGAAGAAAAUUGAUGGCGCGAGCACGGAAUUGGCUGCUCAGUGCGGCCCUGAGACCAUAUCACAGCUGGGUUUAUUGGCGUGAUGCUGAUGUUGAGACGUGUCCCUACACCAUCAUUGAAGAUCUCAUGCGGCAUGACAAGGAUGUAAUUGUACCCAAUAUCUGGCGGCCCCUGCCUGACUGGCUAGGGGGUGAACAGCCCUACGAUCUCAACUCCUGGCAAGAAUCCGAGACAGCCAUUGCCCUCGCCGAAUCGCUGGACGAAGACGCUGUCAUUGUAGAAGGUUACGCAGAGUAUGCCACAUGGCGGCCUCACCUUGCCUACCUCCGCGACCCCUACGGCGACCCCGAUGUCGAAAUGGAACUGGACGGUGUUGGCGGAGUCUCCAUCCUCGCCAAAGCCCGAGUAUUCCGUGCUGGCGUGCAUUUCCCGGCCUUCUCCUUUGAAAGGCACGCCGAGACAGAAGGAUUCGGGAAGAUGGCUAGACGCAUGAAAUUUUCUGUUGUUGGGCUGCCACAUUACACUGUGUGGCACCUGUACGAACCGUCGGUGGAUGACAUCCGACACAUGGAGGAAAUGGAGCGCGAGAAGCGCGAACGGGAAAAGCAAGAAAAGGAAAACGCCGAACAGGUCAAGAAGCUCGAAGACGAAUUUCGACAGGUGGGCUCUCAGUGGGAGCAGGACAAGGAAGCUAUGGCGGCAGGAGUCAAGAAGGAAGGUGUGCGACUGAUCAACACCAACAGCGACAACAGCGAGAAGAAGGCCUCUGUCGAGAGAAAAGAGGACAGUGGCUGA